CUGCCAUCUAGAAUCUAGAACCCCACACUACGACCCAACAACAGACGCCCCGUUCCGAUACCAAGGCUGAUUGCCGAGACUCUUUUUUCACGACAGAGACUUCUGCGUUAGGUGCCGAGGAGAACAUGUGGUUGGGAUGCUGUGUAACAAGCCACAUGUGGGCUUCAUUGGAGGGCGCAGGGUCUGGUAGCUCAAAAGGAGGAGAUGAGUAAGCGUCUACCACACCACCCAGGUGAGGGGCUAUUUAUCUGUUGAUGGGAAAUGUGUUCGGGGCAUUGAGGCCCGGAAUCGGAUAGAUUUCCUGAGGGGGAGGGAGUUUGGUACGGGGAGAGGGAGGUCUGAUAGGUCGAGCCGCGUGGGAAGGCAUGUGGUUGAAGGGGUUCAGUCAUAUCAGAUUUUCUGUGUGGAUGGAGGAGAAGGGGUGAGCUGUGAGAUACUACCCAUUAGUUUUGUGGCGGACCAACAGACGGGACUAUCGCUUUGUGCAUGAUGGCUUUUGGUUAAUGUUGGUAGUAGCUACUACGUGUGACUCCAACCUCCAUGUCAGAUAUUAACUAGCCACCCGUGCAUGGACAUAAAUUGGUCUUUUCAUCCAUCCCCUCUCUUAACCGCCCCUCUUGUUUGCUUCCCACUUCCUUUCUUCACAUCCCCUCCGCAGCAAAAGACGCCCCACCCGGUGACCAUCAUGAACCACCUCCUAUCCCUCUCCCUCCUGGGAGUAGCAGCCCUCUCCAACCCCCUCCCCCAACCCGGACCAAACCCCAACGACCCCAACGACCCCUUUCCCCCCCUACCCCCCGACCUCACCUUCGACGACAUCGCCGAGUUCCCCACCUUCAACGGCACAGGCGCAACAAUGCUCCGCUUCGGCUGCCACCAGCUCGUAAUCGACCGCAUCGACCCCCUCGUCAACCCCCGCGCCGUCCCCUCCCCCCACCAGCACCAAAUCGUCGGCGGCGACGCAUUCGACGCGUACAUGCCCCUCAAGGACAUCGCCAAACGCUCCUCCUGCACCGGCUGCUCGUACAGCGACGACUUUAGCAACUACUGGACUUCCAACUUGUACUUCAGAGCACGGAAUGGUAGUUACAAACGAGUCAAACAGAUUCCGAAUAACCUGCAGUUUAACGAUACCUUUACCACGCAGACGGAGGGGGGGUUGACGGCGUAUUAUGUCAGUCCUGGGCAGGGGGAGCAGGGGGUGAAGGCUUUCAAGCCGGGGUUUAGGAUGUUUUUUGGGGAUGCGGCGUUGAGGGCGAGGCCGACGACGGGGUUCAAUUUGAGCAGGCAGACUUGUUUCAGGUGUUAUACUGGGCCGGGGUUUGAGGGGGAUAAUCUGCCUCCGUGUCAGGAUCCGGCGGUGGAUAGUUGGGGGUUGCCGCAGAGGAAGUGUUUUGGGAUUAGGAGCAAUAUCCUGUUUCCGACCUGCUGGGACGGCGUCACACUUGACACCCCCGACCACAAAUCCCACGUCGCCUACCCCCUCGAGGGACCCCAACCAUUCAGCGCCUUCCGCACCGCCGAAGCAUGUCCUCCUUCUCACCCGGUCAAGAUUCCUCAGGUCAUGUUGGAGAUCGUCUGGGACACCACCCCCUUCAACGACCCUGAGCUCUGGCCUGUCGACGGCUCUCAGCCGUUUGUCUUGUCGACUGGUGACCGCUCGGGCUACAGCCAGCAUGCGGAUUACGUCUUUGGGUGGAAGGGACAGGAGCUGCAAAAGGCGAUGAAUGCCGGCUGUGCGGCAGCGAAUUGUCCCGGGAUCAAGGUGCAGAGUUUGAAGAAGGCCAACAAGUGCAAGGUGAAGCCGUUGGUGAAGGAGAAGUCCGAGGGGUGGUUGAGUGCGUUGCCUGGUGGGAUUCAGGCUCAGUGAGAUGUAGUGGCCAUCCAAGUUUAUGUGACCGGGGAGAAGAAAGCUCACCCAUAGUUUCAAGACUUUGCAUCACCCA